AUGACAUGCAUUGACUACCAGGGACAAGACUUUCAGACUGGGAUCGUGGCCGAGCUCCCGUCAAAGGUGCACCUCACCUCGCACCCCAUCUUACUGAGGAUCCAUGAGCCCUCGGUGUACAAGGACGAGACGCAGCGCACGUGGCUGCAUCUCGGCACGGAGACAGGGCGUGUCCUGAAAGUACGGUUGCGCCAGGAAGUCAUCCCCAGUGAGGAUAUCGCACUCAUCACCAUCCCCCAGAUUUCGGGCACCAUGCCUUCGAUGUGGUCGCUCCAGUUUGGCAGCCGGUACCUGGACUCCAUGGGCCGGUUCUGGCGCAUCGUGCACCACGUCAAGGAGGAUGACAUAGAGGAAAUGAUCCUUGAGCUGAUGGAAGAGUCGUAG